CAAGAUCAGUGAGAUGGCCGUAAUGGAUAAUGUUUCUGAGUCUGAAAGCAAAAGCAGUAAAAAAAAGAAAAACAAGGAAAAGCCCAAUAUGAUCAGCCCACUAACAAUGUUUCGUUACUCAGACUGGCUGGAUAAAUUAUUGAUGGUACUGGGCACUUGCUUUGCGGCCAUUCACGGAGCUGCCCUUCCAGUCAUGAUGAUUAUUUUCGGAGAUAUGACAGAUAGUUUUGUUGCUUCAGGAAUUCCUAAAGGAAACAAUUCAGAAAAUAUUACCGUGGACCCACCUGAGACACUACAAGAACAAAUGACCAGAUAUGCGUACUACUAUUCAGGAAUAGGGGCUGGGGUCCUUGCUGUUGCCUAUGCGCAUAUUGCAUUUUGGACACUGGCAGCAGGCCGUCAGAUCAAGAAAAUUAGGCAACAUUUUUUCCACUCCAUUAUGCGUCAGGAAAUUGGAUGGUUCGAUGUAAAUGAUGUUGGGGAACUAAAUACUCGACUUAUAGAUGAUGUCUCCAAAAUCAAUGAAGGAAUUGGAGACAAAAUUUCAAUCCUAAUCCAGGGAAUUUCUACAUUUCUGGCAGGAAUUAUAAUUGGAUUCAUUGAAGGAUGGAAACUAACUCUUGUAAUACUGGCAGUCAGUCCUGUUCUGGGCCUCUCUGCUGCGAUAUGGGCAAAGGUCCUUUCUUCAUUCACCAGCAAGGAACUUGCUGCCUAUGCAAAAGCUGGAUCAGUAGCAGACGAGGUUCUGGCAGCAAUUAGGACAGUAGUAGCUUUUGGAGGACAGAAGAAAGAAAUCCAGAGGUAUCAUAAAAAUUUAGAAGAUGCUAAAAAUUUGGGAAUCAAGAAGGCUAUUACAGCCAACAUUUCCAUGGGAUUUGCUUUCUUUUUAAUAUAUGCAUCUUAUGCCCUGGCUUUCUGGUAUGGAACAUCCUUGGUAUUAUAUGAAGGAUACAGUAUUGGGAAAGUCCUUACAGUCUUUUUUGCUGUGCUAAUUGGAGCAUUUAGUAUUGGCCAGGCUACCCCAAACAUAGAAGCAUUUGCUAUUGCAAGAGGAGCCGCUUAUGCAGUUUUUAACAUUAUAGAUAAUGAACCUCAAAUUGAUAGUUUUUCAGAAACUGGCUACAAACCAGACAAGAUUAAAGGGAACCUGAGUUUCCAGAAUGUUUGUUUCAAUUAUCCAUCAAGGCCAGAUGUCCAGGUAUUAAAAUACUUGAAUCUGAACGUUAAUAGUGGCCAGACAGUAGCUCUGGUAGGCAGCAGUGGUUGUGGAAAAAGUACAACCGUCCAGCUGAUACAGAGAUUUUAUGAUCCUCUAGAAGGCAUGGUUACUAUUGAUGGACAGGAUAUUAAGACUCUGAAUUUAAGGUAUCUCAGGGAGAUUAUAGGUGUAGUGAAUCAGGAGCCUGUUUUGUUUGCUACCACAAUUGCAGAAAACAUACGAUAUGGACGGGAAAAUGUCACUAUGGAAGAGAUCGAAAAAGCUGUCAAAGAAGCCAAUGCCUAUGACUUCAUCAUGAAAUUGCCUGAUAAAUAUGAAACUGUGGUUGGAGAAAGAGGGGCCCAGCUAAGCGGAGGUCAAAAGCAGAGGAUCGCAAUUGCCCGAGCCCUUGUCCGUAAUCCGAAGAUCCUGUUACUGGAUGAAGCAACAUCCGCUUUAGAUACUGAAAGCGAAGCAGUGGUUCAGUCAGCCCUGGACAAGGCUAGGGAAGGUCGCACAACUAUCGUCAUUGCCCACCGGUUGUCUACAGUUCGCAAUGCAGAUCUCAUUGCUGCUUUUGAAGAUGGCAUUAUCACAGAACAAGGGACCCAUAAUGAACUAAUGAAGAAGAAAGGAGUUUAUUUCAAACUUGUUAACAUGCAGUCAAUUGAAACCGAAGUUCAAUCAGAAGAGGUGGAUGAAAGCGAGCUCAGUGGGAUGAAGAGCACAUUGGGAGAAGCAUCAAAAGCUGCUCUACUGAAUGGCUUGAGAAGACGUUCGACUCGCAGAAGCACCAAAAAGUCAAAAGCAGAGGAUGAAGACCUUGAGGUGCAAACUGUUCAGCCUGAAGAAAACUUGCCCUCAGUUUCAUUUUUGAAGAUUAUGAACCUGAAUAAAUCUGAAUGGCCUUACUUUUUGGUGGGAACAUUGUCUGCAAUCAUUAAUGGAGCUUUGCAGCCUGCAUUUUCCGUAAUAUUCUCUGAAAUCAUAGGGGUUUUUGCAAAUACAGAUAAAACGGUUGUCCGAGAACAGACCAAUCUAUACUCAUUGCUGUUCUUAGCACUUGGGAUCAUUUCCUUUAUCACCUUUUUUCUUCAGGGUUUUACAUUUGGCAGAGCUGGAGAGAUCCUUACAAUGAAGAUUCGCUACAUGGGAUUCAAAGCAAUGCUCAGACAGGACAUCAGUUGGUUUGAUGACCCUAAAAACAGCACGGGGGCAUUGACAACAAGACUUGCUAAUGAUGCUUCCCAAGUAAAAGAUGCUACAGGGGCCAGGCUGGGUUUGAUUGCCCAAAACAUUGCCAAUCUUGGAACAGGGAUCAUUAUCUCACUGGUAAAUGGCUGGCAGCUGACACUUCUGAUCUUGGCUAUUGUGCCAAUCAUUGCUAUAUCAGGGCUUAUUGAAAUGAGAACGUUGUCUGGUCAUGCCAAGAAAGAUAAGAAGGAACUUGAAGGUGCAGGAAAGAUUGCAACAGAAGCAAUAGCGAAUAUCCGAACAGUUGUUUCCCUCACUCAAGAGAGAAAAUUUGAACAAAUGUAUAGAGAGAAUUUGCUUGGGCCCUACAGAAAUUCUCUGAAAAAAGCACAUAUUCAUGGGCUGACAUUUGCUCUUGCCCAAGCAAUGAUGUACUUUACCUAUGCGGGGUGUUUUCGAUUUGGUGCCUUCCUUGUGGGAAAUAACGACAUGGAUUUUAAAUCUGUUUUCUUGGUAUUCUCCUGCAUUGUCUUUGGUGCCAUGGCAAUGGGACAGACUGCUUCAUUUACACCAGAUUAUGCCAAAGCCAAAGUGUCAGCAGCUCACAUGUUCAUGUUGUUUGAAACAGUCCCUGCAAUAGACAAUUACAGUGAGGAAGGACUGAAGCCUGAAAGAUUUAGCAGUGAUAUUGCCCUUAAGGAAGUGGCCUUCAAUUACCCAACCCGGCCAGAUGUCUCAGUGCUCCAAGGACUGAAUGUUGCAGUACAAAAGGGACGGACACUGGCUCUUGUGGGAAGCAGUGGCUGUGGGAAGAGCACCGUGGUCCAGUUGCUGGAAAGAUUCUAUGACCCUUUCAGUGGAGAAGUGCUGUUGGAUAAGCAGAAUGCAAAACAGUUAAAUAUUCAGUGGCUGAGAUCUCAGAUUGGAAUAGUCUCUCAAGAACCGGUCCUUUUUGACUGCAGCAUAGCUGAGAACAUUGCCUAUGGUGAUAACAGCCGCGUGGUGUCCCAUGAUGAGAUUGUAAAUGUAGCUAAAGCAGCCAACAUACAUUCCUUCAUUGAAUCCCUACCAGAUAAAUAUAACACUUCUGUGGGUGACAAAGGGGCUCAGCUCUCUGGGGGCCAGAAACAACGCAUCGCUAUUGCUCGAGCCCUAGUUCGCUAUCCGAAAAUUCUUCUACUAGAUGAAGCAACUUCUGCACUUGAUACUGAAAGUGAAAAGGUAGUCCAAGAGGCCCUGGAUAAAGCCAGACAAGGCCGUACCUGCAUUAUAAUAGCUCAUCGGUUAUCUACAGUUCAGAAUGCUGACAGUAUAGCGGUGAUCCAAAAUGGGAAAGUCAUAGAACAAGGAACCCAUCAACAACUACUGGCUGAGAAAGGAGUCUAUCACUCACUAGUCACUGUUCAAGCAGGGACAGUUAAUACGUAAAUUAAAUGCCAAAUAUAUAUUGCUAGAAAUGAAUUUGUAACUGUCAUCUGUAAACAUAACAAGGUACUGCUUAUGCCCCCCUAUUAAGGACUUGCACUAAUAAUGGGCUAACUUCCAUUAAGGAUUCUCCAAGUGAAAAUUAUCAGUCAAAUGUGAUGCAAAACCAUGAUUUAAUGGCUGAUGUAAUUGUAUGAAUACAGAAUACUCUCCUAACUAUGGGAUAUCAG